AUGCCCGCAACUGAGAUCACACUGCGCGCCGGCGGCCCUGCGGCGCCGCGCCUCCCGCGCCGCGCCCUGGGGCGGCCUCGGGAGGCCCCGCCGCCGGGCGCUUUCCUCGCUGCGCUGGGAGGUGAUCCGAGCGAGACCUGCCGGCCGCGGCCCCGCCGCGCCGUGCUCGCCGCCGUGGGCACCGCCCUCGCAGCCGUCGGCCCCGCAGGCAAUCGCGCGGCGCGGGCUCUGGAGUCUGGGCCGUGGUUCUCCCCACGGCGCGGGCAGCGGAUCUCGAGCCGAGGCACCGCCGCCGCGCCGCCCGCGGGCGAGCCGAGGCCGGAGGCCGCGCUGGGCAGGCCGCAGGCAUACAGUCCGCCGGAGGGUCUGCCGCUGCCCUACCCCACCAUCCUGGACAACACUGAGGGCGCGGCGGCCUUCGCCGACGUCCUGGAGCUGCUGCCAGAGGCCAGGCCUGGCCAGGGGCGGCUCCUCGUGCUCGACGUGGGUGCCGGCCGGUCAGCCGAGCCGCAGCGCUUCCUGGAGGCCGCCUGCGGCGCCCGGCGCCCCGCCGGGUGCCUCGUCGUCGCCGCGGACCCCUACAACCGCGGCGAGGAGGAGAACCUCGCCGCCCAGCGGGCCGUGGAGGCGGCCGGCGGGGCCGACGCGGUGACCAGCGCGUCUGUGCUCAACGUCGUGCCGGACCAGGAGAGCCGCGCCGCGCACGUGCGGCUCCUCCACCGGGCGUUGCGGCCCGGAGGUAUCGCGCUGAUCAAGGUCUGGGCGGGCUCGUGGCCGGAGCGCGGCACGGGCCGCCCGACGGUGGACGCGGCCGGAGACACGUACCAGGCGAACGCAUGGGCGUCGAGCUUCGUGCCGCUGGUGGAGACCGUCUUCGGCAAGGGGUGGGUCUACGCCGACAACAACCUGAACCUUGUCGUGGCUGUGCGCGCCCCGUGA